AUGCCUCGGGGUCAGAAGAGUAAGCUCCAAGCCCAAGGAAAAUGCCACCAGACUGAAGGUGAGACCCAGGAUCUCCAGAGUGUUCAGGCCCCUGCAAGAGAGGAGGAAAGAUCCCCCCAUACAAAAUUAGCUUAUAGGCUACAAAGCUCUUCAAAGGUGCCCCAGAGAGCCUUUUCUACCACUGAGUCUAAGGGUGUUUCUACUAGAAGAUCAUGUGAAGGAGCUAACAGUGUAAUUAAAAGCAAACCACAUUCUUCCCAGGCCUCAUCCUCUACGGUGAAGCGCCCUAGAAGCUCUCUUGUUGGUACAAUCCAGAUGGUAGUGAAAUAUAUGAUGCACAUGUAUAAAAUGCAAAGGCCCAUUCUGAAAGCAGAUCUGUUGAAGAUUAUCUCCAAAGAGCAUAGAAAACGCUUCUUUGAGAUCCUCCAAAAAGCUUCUUUCAACAUAGAGGUGGUAUUUGGUGUAGACUUAAAGGAAGUAGAUUCUCUAAAGCACUCUUACACCCUUGUCAGCAAGAUGAAUCUCCCUAACAAUGGCACUGUGAGUAGAGGCAGGGGAUUCCCCAAGACUGGACUGCUAAUGAACCUUCUAGGUGUGAUAUUCCUGAGAGGAAACUGUGCAGCCGAGGAAAAGAUCUGGGAAUUCCUGAAUAAGAUGAAAGUAUAUGAUGGAAAGAAGCAUUUCAUUUUUGGGGAACCCAGGAAGCUUAUCACUAAAGAUUUAGUGAAACUUAAAUACCUGGAGUACCGGCAAGUACCUAACAGCCAUCCUGCAAGCUAUGAGUUUCUGUGGGGCCCAAGAGCUCAUGCUGAGACAAGCAAGAUGAAAAUCUUGGAGUUUUGGGCUAAGAUCAACCAUACAGUUCCCAAUGCCUUCCAGUCCUGGUAUGAUGAAGCUUUGAAAGACGAGGAAGAAAAAACUGGAACCGAAGUUACACACAGUGACACAUUAACCCACAGUGAAUCUCAGUGGCGUCCACACGGAGAAGCUGCUCUCGCUGCCACUGCCGUCCACUGCGUGGAUCUGCUGAGGGCCGUCCACUGCGUGGAUCUGCUGAGGGCAAAUUUCUCUGACUCCUGUGGAAUCAAGAGAGAUGAGAUCCUCUGGCUGAAGUUACAGGAGAAAGGAGUGUUCUUGACCCUGUAUGGAGGCAAAAUGGGAGACCUGAGCUUUCCACUGCUGAGCGAGCACAGGAAAGAGGCUGUAGGACCUGCCAAAACCACCAUGCCCAGGGGACAUAAGAGUAAGGCCCGUGCUCGUGAGAAGCGCCGCCAGAUCCAAGAUGAGGUCCAGGGGCUCCAGGAUGCUCAAGCAAAGGCAGCAGAGAAAGAAGAGUCACCCUCCUCUGCUCAUGAUUCUGGAGAUGCUGUUGCAAGCACCUCUGCUGCUAGCCUGUCUCUGAUGUCUAAACCUCAGGGCAAGGCAUCUACAAUCACUGCUGGGAAACGUGUGUCCCGCAGAUCUGGUAAAGGUGCCAAAGGCCGAAGGGAGCAAAGUCUUAGUUUCUCUAUGGCCCCACACUCCACUGAGAGCCCCCAGAGUAAUCUUCUAUCAAGGAAGACGGGGAUGCUGAUGCAGUAUCUGCUCUGCAAGUACAAACUGAAACAGCCCAUGUAUAAGGGAGAAAUGCUGAAAGUUAUCAACAAAAGAUUCAAGGAGCAGUUUCCUGAUAUCCUCAAGAAAGCCUCUGAGCGCAUACAGCUGGUUUUUGGUCUUGAAGUAAAGCAAAUUAAGCCCAACGGUAGCUACUACACCCUUGUCAGCAAGUUAGACCCCAGUGUUGAGGGGACUCUGACCACUAGCUUGCCUUUUCCCCAGAAUGGGCUGCUGAUGCCUCUGCUGGGUGUGAUCUUCUUGAAUGGCAACCGUGCCUCUGAGACAGAUAUCUGGGAAUUCCUGAAUAUUUUGGGAAUUUAUGAUGGGAAGGCACACAUAAUCUUUGGGGAGCCCAGAAAGCUUAUCACCAACGAUUUGGUUAAGGAAAAAUACCUGGAAUACCGUAAGGUGGUUGGUAGUGAUCCUCCAUCCUAUGAGUUUCUGUGGGGUCCCCGAGCCAAUGCUGAAACCACCAAGAUGAAAGUCCUGGAGUUUUUAGCCAAGGUCAAUGAGACCGUUCCCCAGGCUUUCCCAUCUCAUUAUGAAGAGGCUUUGAGAGAUCAGGAAGAGAGAGCCCAAGCUGAAGCUGUAGGGGGGCAUGACACUGCUGCUGAAGACAAGGCAGAGUCUGAAGCCACACCUGGUGACGACUCUUGCUCCUAGGGAAAUUAGAGGCAGAGUAGCCUUAGCUUUGGAGCAGGGUUUCCCAAUUUAAAAGUAGUAAGAGGCUGGUGGUUCAUAAUGUGUAUCUUCUUGUGCUUUGGUUAUACAGUAGUAUUUUUCAAGUGUUUUCCUUUUCUUGAAGACCUCUUUUCGAUUUAGAAUCAAUAGUUAUAAAUGACAUAGAUCAUACUAUUAGUUGCUAGAAGAUUUAAGCAUAAGAAUUUUGAUAUUCUGUAUUACAUUCUAGACACCCUUGAAUGUCAAGUUGAAGAGCAAGCAACCGUGACUUUGUAAUGGAGAUCUUUUUGAAAUGUGUGAAAUCUGUUUCUUAGAAUAGGAAAACAAGUCAAAAUGUAAAAACUACCAUUUUCCCUUACUCACUUUUGUUUCUAUUCCACUUUUUGGUAGUUUGAAGAAAUGCUCUUAUUUGUUGUUAACUGAAUAAAGA